AGUUUUGAGACUCUGGCCACUAACCAGAUCUAUUUUUUGUAGCUGGCCAACUUAGAAAAGUAAUUGCCCACCCCUGGCCUAAAAGAUGAUGCAACUUUGGGAAAUGUGAUAUUGUGGCACCAUUCAAUUACUAUUGACAUGCCACCAAUUAAAAAAUAAAUAGCGGUCAGCCCUGUAAAUUAAUUUAUUAAUUUUUUAUAUCUAACAUUUUUAAAUUUUGUUUAUAAAGAACGACGUUUUAUAAAGGAAUCAAAAUAUAUUCAAACAUGGAUAUGCCACUGGUAUGACUUCGGUUCCUCCCAUUUUCAUAAACGCCACAAGCGUUCCACAUCUACAAUACAUGCAGAUUUUGACUUGCGAGUAUUUUGGGCGUUAAUUAAUGUUUGAAAAUGCCGACUAUAAGUGUGAAUCGGGAUUUGUUGCAUAAAUGGCUUGGAAAAGAAUAUUCGGAAGAAGAAUUUGAUGAACUAUGUUUCGAAUAUGGUCUCGAACUUGAUGAAGUUACGUCCGUGAAGGAGCAGAUACAAAAAGAGCAAGGGGAAGCAAAGGCAGAAGGUGCCUCAGAUGACGUUAUAUAUAAAAUUGAUGUCCCCGCUAACAGGUACGACCUGUUGUGCAUGGAAGGCCUUGCUAGAGGUCUUAAAGUGUUUUUAAAACAGAUUGAACCACCUCGUUAUGUGUGCUCCUCUCCUCCUGAUUUGAUAAAAUUGAACCAAUCACUUGCCACACUAGAAGUUCGAGCAGAAGUAGUAGCAGCUGUUUUACGAAACAUUUCUUUUACACAAGAACGAUAUGAAAGUUUCAUUGACUUGCAGGACAAACUUCACCAAAAUAUUGGCAGAAAGCGUAGCCUUGUUUCCAUCGGCACUCAUGACUUGGACACAAUACAAGGUCCGUUUUUAUAUGAUGCUAGAAAGCCAACAGAUAUAAAAUUCAAAGCUCUCGGCCAAACAAAAGAGUACACUGCUGUUGAGUUGAUGGAAUUGUACUCUAAGGAGAGUCAUUUGAAAUCAUAUUUGCCGAUUAUUCGUGACAAACCUGUUUAUCCAAUAAUUUACGAUAGUAAGGGAGUGGUACUUUCGAUGCCCCCAAUCAUAAAUGGUGAACAUUCAAAAAUCACUUUGAACACCAAAAAUAUAUUUAUUGAAAUCACAGCGACGGAUUUGACAAAGGCAAAAAUAACUCUGGAUACGAUUGUAGCGAUGUACUCGGAAUAUUGCGAUAAACCAUUCAUAAUUGAACCCGUUGAAAUAACAAGACCGGAUGGAAAGAAACUCAUCACACCGGAAUUGAAAUAUCGAAAAGAAACUGUUUCUGCUGAAUAUAUCAAUAAUAAAAUCGGCAUCAAACAAAGUGCAGAACAGCAUGCUGAUUCACUAACAAGAAUGUGUUUGAAAUCUAAGGUUUUACCAGAAAAUGGCAAAAUUGAAGUUGAAAUUCCCCCGACAAGAUCCGACAUCAUGCACGCUUGUGAUAUUAUGGAAGAUUGUGCUGUAGCAUAUGGAUUCAACAACAUUGCCUUCACCUUUCCUAAAUCUGUUACUAUUGGAGCUCAAUUUAAACUAAACAAGCUGACAGAUUUAUUGAGAAUCGAUAUGGCUGCAGCUGGAUUCACAGAGGGAUUGUCUUUUGCUUUGUGCUCGAAAGACGAUGUAGGAAGAAAAUUACGGGAUGGCGUUAAAGAUAUCCAUCCUGUUCACAUCAGCAACCCAAAAACAUUGGAAUUUCAAGUCACGCGGACCUCUCUUCUACCUGGAUUACUAAAAACUGCUGCUUCUAACAGAAACAUGCCACUCCCGAUGAAACUCUUCGAGAUACAAGAUAUUAUUUUUAAGGAUAGCACUGCAGAUACAGGAUCAAGGAACAGAAGACACCUGGCUGCUAUUUACUACAACAAAACCCCUGGAUUUGAAGUAAUCCAUGGCCUACUUGAUCGAAUCAUGCAAUUAUUGGAUAUAAAACCAUCAGAUGAAAUAGGACCAGAUAAAUACAAGAUCCUGGCUGCUGAGAACUCUGCCUUCUUCCCAGGACGGUGUGCUGAUGUUAUGAUAAAUGGAAAAUCUGUAGGAAAGAUGGGAGUUCUACACCCAGAAGUUAUCACCAAUUUUGAACUUGUUUAUCCAGCAUCAGCAUUAGAUCUUGAUUUGCAAUAUUUUUUGACAUAAUUUAUUUAUUGUAAUUAAUGUGGUGAUGUCAUAUAUUUAAGUGUUUGUAGCUGCUCUUAUGCAGAGUUUUGGAAAAUUAUUGAGCGAAGAUGGUCGACGCUGUUUUAAAAAUCCUAUAAUGUAUUAAUUUUUCCUCAAAAAUGUUAAAUGCGGUUUACCUCAGGCCCUGUCCAUUGAGCCGAUCACAAACAAUCCUAUCCUUUUCUGAAAAUGUGUACCUAAACAUUUUGUUAAAAUUUCACUACGGAAUACAGAAUUGCAAUUAUG